AUGCCGUCACUAGUAUUAACAUUGUCGCCAUUGGUACCCGUUCUACGUGCGUUUUGCAAUUCCACAUGCCGCACUUUUACAGUAAAAAGGCAUUCUUCAUCCAAACGAUGGCAGGCACGUCAACAAAACGAUCGUUAUACGCGGGAAGCGACAGUGCAAGGAUUGAAGAGUCGGGCAGCUUUUAAAUUGUUACAGAUCGAUGAGAAGUACCGUAUUUUCAGAAGCGGCCAGACAGUAGUUGAUUUGGGUUAUGCUCCCGGUUCUUGGUCGCAGGUAGCAGUGGAUCGCACCAAACCGAACGGCCGAGUCCUCGGUAUCGACAUCAUUCCAGCACAACCACCCAAAGGUGUAUCUACGAUACAAGGCAACUUUCUGUCAGCGGAAGUACAGAGAUAUGUCCAGGACUUUUUACGCGAUCCAAGGAGAGGCAGACCUCAUGAAGACGGGUAUAUAAUGCCUGAUAGAGGCCCUGAAGACUUGUCACAACAUGCUUUGGAUAUCAAAGCAGGGAAUUCAGGGGCGAACCAAGAGAGCAAUUCAGAGCUCAGGACAGUAGAUGUGGUUCUAAGCGAUAUGAUGAUGAAUACCAGCGGCGUAAACUUCAAAGAUCAUGCUGGGAGCAUGGACCUAUGCCAUGCUGCAUUGCAGUUCGGUUACAACGUCCUCAAGACUGGUGGGAACUUUGUCUGCAAAUUCUACCAAGGAGCGGAAGAUAAGGAACUCGAAAAGCAGCUCAGAGAGCUGUUUCGAAGAGUCCAUAGGCUAAAGCCAGAAUCAUCGCGUAACGAAUCAAAGGAAGCAUACUUCAUCGGUCUUGAACGGAGAGGCUAA